GGGGCAGGAUCAAGAAGGAAGUGGCUGAGUUCUGAGCGUACUUCCUCUGCAGGCUGGUGCCACUGUGCUGGGUUUGCCCCUGGCUUGGCCCCGCCCCCUGCAGCCCCCAUCCCUCCAGGGAGAUGCUGUCCUGUGGCUCUAAAACGAGAAGUAGAGUGAGUUCCCCCAAGGGGUCGGCCGCGCCCCUUCCUGUCCCCGCCCUGCUGGCUGCCCCAGGCCAGUGGAGUGGCAGCCCCAGAACCAGGACCAGCCCGGGGUGGAGAGGCGGCCUGGGCACCGCGAGCCGCGUCUGAGGCUCGGACCCAGAGUGCUCCUCCUGCCACCUCCUCUCCUGCACCCCCUUCCUCUCGGGGAGCCCUCAGGAUGGUGAGGUGGUUCCACCGAGACCUCAGUGGGCUGGAUGCAGAGACCCUGCUCAAGGGCCGAGGCGUCCAUGGGAGCUUCCUGGCUCGUCCCAGUCGGAAGAACCAGGGUGACUUCUCCCUCUCGGUCAGGGUGGGGGAUCAGGUGACCCACAUUCGGAUCCAGAACUCGGGGGAUUUCUAUGACCUGUAUGGAGGGGAGAAGUUUGCCACCCUGACGGAGCUGGUCGAGUACUACACGCAGCAGCAGGGCGUCCUGCAGGACCGCGAUGGCACCAUCAUCCACCUCAAGUACCCACUGAACUGCUCUGAUCCCACCAGUGAGAGGUGGUACCAUGGCCACAUGUCUGGGGGACAGGCCGAGACGCUGCUGCAGGCCAAGGGUGAGCCCUGGACGUUUCUGGUGCGGGAGAGCCUCAGCCAGCCCGGGGAUUUUGUGCUGUCCGUGCUCAGUGACCAGCUCAAGGCUGGCCCAGGCUCCCCACUCAGGGUCACCCACAUCAAAGUCAUGUGUGAGGGUGGACGCUACACGGUGGGUGGGUCGGAGACUUUCGACAGCCUCACGGACUUGGUGGAGCAUUUCAAGAAGACGGGGAUCGAGGAGGCCUCGGGCACCUUCGUCUACCUGCGGCAGCCUUACUAUGCCACACGGGUGAACGCAGCUGACAUUGAGAACCGGGUCUUGGAACUGAACAAGAAGCAGGAGUCAGAAGAAACGGCCAAGGCCGGCUUCUGGGAGGAGUUUGAGAGUCUGCAGAAGCAGGAGGUGAAGAACUUGCACCAACGGCUGGAAGGACAGAGGCCAGAAAACAAGGGCAAGAACCGCUACAAGAACAUUCUCCCCUUUGACCACAGCCGAGUGAUCCUACAGGGACGUGACAGUAACAUCCCUGGGUCCGACUACAUCAACGCCAACUACGUCAAGAACCAGCUGCUAAGCCCCGACGAGAACACUAAGACCUACAUUGCCAGCCAGGGCUGCCUGGAGGCCACUGUCAACGACUUCUGGCAGAUGGUGUGGCAGGAGAACUCCCGCGUCAUCGUCAUGACCACCCGAGAGGUGGAGAAAGGCCGGAACAAAUGCGUCCCAUACUGGCCGGAUGUGGGCUCUCAGUGUAUUUACGGACCCUACGCUGUAACAAACUGUGGGGAGCACGACACAGCUGAGUACAAACUCCGCACCUUGCAGGUCUCCCCGCUGGAAAAUGGGGACCUGAUUCGGGAGAUCUGGCACUACCAGUACCUGAGCUGGCCUGACCAUGGGGUCCCCAGUGAGCCUGGGGGCGUCCUGAGCUUCCUGGACCAGAUCAACCAGCGGCAGGAGAGUUUGCCGCACGCGGGGCCCAUCAUCGUGCACUGCAGCGCAGGCAUCGGGCGCACGGGCACCAUCAUUGUCAUCGACAUGCUCAUGGAGAGCAUCUCCACCAAGGGCCUGGACUGUGACAUCGACAUCCAGAAGACCAUCCAGAUGGUGCGAGCCCAGCGCUCGGGCAUGGUGCAGACGGAGGCACAGUACAAGUUCAUCUACGUGGCCAUCGCCCAGUUCAUUGAAACCACCAAGAAGAAGCUGGAGGUCAUACAGUCCCAGAAGGGCCGGGAGUCGGAGUAUGGGAACAUCACCUACCCCCCUGCCAUGAAGAACGCCCACGCCAAGGCCUCCCGCACCUCCUCCAAACAAAAGGAGGAUGUGUAUGAGAACCUGCAGAGUAAGAACAAGAAGGAGGAGAAGGUGAAGAAGCAGAGGUCGGCAGACAAGGAGAAGAGCAAGGGAUCCCUCAAGAGGAAGUGAGCUAGGCACCCUCCUGAGGAGGCCACGCCUCAGCCCUGACCCCGGCAGAGGCCUCCGGCGGAUGGACCCCCAGCCUGAACCUAGGACCCCUGUCCCCGUCCUACUGUAAUUUAAAUGGCCGUGUCCCCACUCACUCUCCCUGACACUGUAUAUAGCCCAGCAAGGCCCCUUCUAUUCUUGUAAAUAAAGCCCCUAGAGCCACUGUG